AAAGGAAGAGCUAGAACUGCUAAGCAUGAUGGCCUUCUAUAAGCACCACGCUUUCUCAAGCUUCUCGAUGUUUUUGUUGUUUCCAUUGCUCUUGCAAUUUCAGUUUGGUAAAAGUGAGCUCCAACUUAACUAUUACUCCAAUAGUUGCCCAAAAGCUGAAGAAAUCAUCAAGCAAGAGGUCACCAAGCUAUACUAUGAACAUGGGAACACAGCCGUUUCGUGGUUAAGAAAUCUCUUUCACGAUUGCAUCGUUCAGGGAUGUGAUGCAUCUCUAUUGCUAGAGAGUGUGAAUGGCACAGAGUCAGAGAAGGCAUCGGGGAGGAGCUUCGGGAUGAGAAAUUUCAAGUACGUAAACACAAUAAAAAAGGCCCUUGAGGACGAAUGCCCUUCCACAGUUUCUUGUGCUGAUGUUGUUGCUCUUUCUGCAAGAGAUGGCAUUGUCAUGUUAGGAGGGCCACGCAUUGAGAUGAAGACGGGAAGGAAGGACAGCAAGGAGAGUUAUGCAAGUGUGGUGGAAGAGUUUAUUCCUAAUCACAAUGAUUCCAUAUCUUCAGUGCUUUCUCGCUUUCAGUCCAUCGGCAUCGAUGCCGAAGGAACAGUGGCCAUUUUAGGAGCUCACUCUGUGGGUCGAGUCCACUGUGUGAACCUGGUAGGGAGGCUCUACCCAACCGUGGAUCCAACCCUAGACCCUGACCAUGCCGAAUACCUCAAAGGUCGGUGCCCAAAUCCAACCCCAGACCCAAAAGCAGUUCUCUACGCAAGGAACGACCGUGAAACACCCAUGCUUCUCGACAACUAUUAUUACAAGAACCUGCUAAGCCACAAGGGUCUGCUCACCGUCGACCAAGAACUAGCUUCUGACCCAGGUACAUUGCCCUUUGUGGAAAAGAUGGCCGCCGAUAACGACUACUUCAGCGAGCAGUUUUCUAGGGCUGCCCUUCUUUUGUCUGAGAACAACCCGCUUACUGGAGACCAAGGAGAAGUUAGAAAGGAUUGCCGAUAUGUGAAUGCAAGUUAGUUGAGACUAUUGGUUGCAUGUCUCUCAAUAUAUGUAAAAUAAAUUAUCAACUUUUGAUUUUCUCUCUUUGGUAUAUGGUAAUGG